AUGCUAUCUAAACUUGACGUCCGACCAGCUGAUGUGUUGACCAAUGACCGCACCAAAGCUGCACUGUGCACCUUCGCGGGGCUGACAUGCGUUGCCCUGUCACUUCAAUCCUGGUCAAGCCCGAUUUACGCCUCCAGAUGUUACGCAUUCGACAAAGGUGAUAGGGAGAGGAGCAAAGGGUGGAAAAUACUUGGUAAAAGAAGUGUUGUGGACGUUUCUGAAAUACAGACGUGUGUAUUCGAGAUGCGAGACGCCUAUGCCUCCGGAUGCAAUCUUCCUCUCGAAAACCGUAUAGCGAGUCUCUCUUCGCUGUUACGCAUGGUAACGGAGAAUGAAAAUCGUAUCUUAGAUGCAGUUUGGAAAGACCUUCGCCGUCCUGUUGGCGAGACACUGUACUACGAUAUACUCCUUGUUCAAAGCGAGUUGCGUAAACUGAUAAAAAACCUCAGACUCUGGACCGCGCCGGAGCGAAUCGCCAAACAUUCACUGUUGACGUUUCCAAGCUCUCAAUGGAUUGAGAAUGAACCUUAUGGAACUGUUCUUGUGGUUGGUCCAUUUAAUUACCCUUUUUUGUUGACGAUUUCCAUAGUCGCCGGUGCAGUUGCCGCUGGAAAUAAUGUAAUUCUGAAGCCGAGCAACGAUGUACCUUUCUCAUCAAUACUUCUUGAAGAUCUAUUUUCACGAUAUCUUGAUCCAGCUGUUGUCUCUGUGGUAGGACCAAGGGUACCUGGUGAUGGAAUCGACGUCAUGACCGCGUUGCUCGCAGAGAAAUUUGAUUUCAUAUUCUUCACGGGCUCCACGCAAGUAGGUUCGAUUGUAGCCCAACGCGCCGGCGCAAAGCUCACUCCAUACGCCCUUGAACUUGGAGGGAAAAAUCCAGUUUUCGUCACACCUACCGCUGAUCUUCAAAUAGCUGCGAAACAAUGUAUCUGGGGGCGGACACUGAAUUCUGGUCAACAGUGUGUUGCACCUGAGUAUGUUUUAUGCCAUCAUGCCAUUCUGGGGGAAUUUGCGUUCGAGCUAAAACGCUGGAUUGCAAAACUAAUAUCAGAUCCAUAUUCCGAGGGGUGUAUGGGCCAACUAGUUGGUGGAGGGUCAGUUGCUCGUAAUGCUACGGACAGAGCCGUUCGAUUUCUGGAUAAGAUCGGCACCGCUGGUGAAAAGUUGGUGUGCGGCGGGGGCUAUAGAAAAGAACUAGGCAUAAUUGAACCAACAGUUGUCAUUUGUGGAUGGGAUUCUGAGUUGAUGCAAGACGAGCUUUUCUGCCCCAUUCUGUGUGUGAUUCCUUACCACAACCUCGAAGAUACUGCAGUAAUGGUUCGCUCUCGCCCCAAGCCCCUGGCGCUUUAUAUAUUCUCCCGAAGCACAAUCGAGCAAAGAACUGUGUUGGACAAUACAACUUCUGGCGGCGUCACGAUAAAUGGCGUCAUCUACCAUGCCGGGCACUCUAGUUUGCCUUUUGGAGGGGUCGGGGAGAGUGGAUCAGGCGUCUAUCAUGGACGGCACACUAUUGAUUGUUUCCAGCACAAGAAGCCAGUCUUGAAGAAGUGGCGAGGAGUUGGUGACAUGGGUAUAAUAUCAGACCCAUUUUUCAUCUAUGGACCGUAUCGCAAUGGAGGAAUGAAAACCAAACUGUUGCGCCUGGUCGGAUACAUGUCAUGA